AAAACCCCACACGCACAAAGAUCACCGUCUCACCUUACCUGCCAGUCCCUUUUCCAGUUCAACGCGUGUGUAUUCCAUGUUUAAAACCACGAAUAAAUCCAUUAGUGAUUUAAGAAAUAACUGCUUAUGCUUUAUACUAUGUGUUAUUGUUCUUGGAUUCUUGAGGUGUAGUUUCACGUUUAACUCAUAUCAAGUCUGAGUUUGACAAGUGAAAGAGAAUAAACUACGAAAACUGCGACAAGCCCAAUAGCGUCCCAGUUCUACCAGCGCUUCGCUACAAUCAUAGCCUACCGCCCGCACGUUUUAGUUUUAGUUUUGUUUGUAAACAAAAUCAAUUUCCAGGCCCGUCCCAGUUUAACCGCGUCCCAGUUCUCCACACCCCGCCCCAUGCCCCAUACAUAUAAUUAACCCCGUCCCACAUUCGCCCGAGGUGUUAAAAGCAGCCUGCGUGUUGCUAAAUCUUCAGUGUGAUGGUUUCAUUCUCUCGUUUGUCUAACAACGCUAAGCCUACAUCUACAAACAAAGCUCCGACGAAGAUCAGCUGCUGUCAGUUGCUCCACUGUGUUUGAUUCGCUUUUGAGUUGAGAAGAUUUGAGACGAAGUCAAAACCUUGCUGUCACAAUGCCUGUUCAGCAGGUUAAAGAUUUUCUGGGUUUUUCUAUGAACCUGUACGUUCAUGAGAAAAAGCCUCAGUACUUUGGAAUGUCCAUGUUUAACCAAGACAUGCUGGAGAAUAUGCCGCUGUGCUCCUAUCCCAAGUCCGGUUGUCACUGGGUGUGGGAAAUCUCCCGACUGCUGAUGAGUGGCCGGACAACUGCGGACAAAGUGGACAAAGAAAACUACAUGAUGGAAGCCUCCAAUUGCUCAGGAUUCGGGGAUAUAGCCGAUCUCCCAUCGCCCCGACUUCUCAACAACCAUGAGGUGAGGUUGCUGUUUUAACACUUGUGUUUUUUAGGGGAAAAUGUCACCAGUUCAAUUUUAGGAGCGACACAUCAUCGGAAAGGUGUUCAAAUGUUCUGAGUCCACUAAGCAAAAUGUUUCGGGAGAGAGGGAAAA